AUGAAUGCCCAUACCGAGGCGGAGCGGUGGAAUCGACCAGUGAAGAAUAUCGGCAGGCUGGCGUUUGCGUUUGUGUCGUUUGCUAUUGCGGGCAUGAAUGAUGCCGCUGUUGGUGCCUUGAUCCCAUAUCUUGAAGAGUACUAUAACCUCAGCUACACCGUCAUAUCCCUUAUUUUCCUCACCCCCUUCUUCGGCUACUCAGUCGCUGCUUUUACCAAUGCUCGAAUCCAUGUCCUAUUCGGCCAGCGGGGCGUGGCCAUCAUGGCGCCCAUUUGUCAUCUCAUAACUUUUGCCGUCCUCGCCUCUCACCCGCCAUAUCCAGCUCUCGUUGUGUGCAAUGCCAUCAGCGGCUUUGGAAAUGGCUUGACAGACGCAUGUUUCUGCGCAUGGGUAGGCGCCAUGGAUAAGGCAAAUACGAUCCAAGGUUUCUUGCAUUCGUGCUACUCUCUUGGAGCACUGUUCUCGCCGUUGAUUGCCACUUCCAUGGUUGUCAAGGCUGGCCUGCCUUGGUAUACCUUCUAUUAUAUCAUGAUUGGCAUGUCAGGCCUGGAGUUUGUGGGGCUCGUCAUUGUCUUCUGGGAUAAGACAGGCGCCGCGUAUCAAGCAGAACAUGCAAACGAGAAUGCGGAAGCCGGGGCUGCUGGUGUUGGAACUCGCGAGGCAAUGAAGUCCAAAGUCACCUGGCUUUGUGCGCUCUUCUUCUUUGCUUACAUGGGCGUAGAGGUCGGCCUUGGUGGCUGGGUAGUCACAUUCAUGCUCCGCGUUCGACACGCUUCAGCUUAUGCUUCUGGAAUUUCUGGCUCGGGUUUCUGGGCAGGCAUGGCGGUUGGCCGCGCUGCCUUGGGAUUUGUGACGGAGCGAUUCGGUGAGAGGCUCUGCUUGGCCAUAUACCUUGGCAUCUGCCUCGGUUUGCAGCUUCUAUUCUGGCUCGUCCCAGAGUUUGUUGUUUCUGCUGUUGCUGUUGCCUUUCUAGGCUUCUUCUUAGGGCCAAUGUUCCCCGGUGCCGUCAUGGUGACAGCCAAGCUGUUGCCGAAGCGCAUUCAUGUCAGCGCCAUCGGGUUCGCCAUGGCCAUGGGUGGCACAGGAGGAACGGUGUUUCCUUUUAUCAUUGGUGCUAUUGCAUCGCACAGGAGCGUUUCAGUCUUGCAGCCUAUUAUUCUGGCGCUUAUUGCCGUAAUAUCUGCAGUCUGGCUAAGCUUUCCUCGAAUUAAGAAGCGAGACUAA